AGGGGAAAUGCAUUUUUAAAAACAGGGUAAUCCCACCUCGCCUCGGCGCUCCCCAAGCCCCGCAGCAUCGCGUACGCGUGCGUAUACCGUAUGUAUCUACAGUGAGGCGGCGCGGGGCAAGGGUUUCGUCUCCGGCGGCGGCGGCGGAGGAGGAGGCUAGAUCUGGGAGGGAUGGGGAACAGAAUAGGAGGGAGGAGGAAGGCCGGGGUGGAGGAGCGGUACACGAGGCCGCAGGGGCUGUACGAGCACAGGGAUAUCGACCAGAAGAAGCUACGCAAGUUGAUCCUCGAGGCCAAGCUCGCGCCCUGCUACCCGGGGGCUGACGACGCCGCGGGGGGUGACCUGGAGGAGUGCCCCAUCUGCUUCCUGUACUACCCAAGCCUUAACCGAUCAAAAUGUUGCUCGAAAGGGAUAUGUACAGAGUGCUUUCUUCAAAUGAAGCCAACUCAUACUGCUCGACCUACACAAUGCCCAUUCUGCAAAACCCCCAACUAUGCUGUGGAGUAUCGUGGUGUAAAGACAAAGGAGGAAAGGAGCAUAGAGCAAUUUGAAGAACAGAAAGUCAUUGAAGCACAGAUGAGGAUGCGCCAGCAAGCACUUCAAGACGAAGAGGAUAAGAUGAAAAGAAAACAGAGUAGGUGCUCUUCUAGCAGAACAAUCGCUCCAACAACAGAAGUGGAGUAUCGAGAUAUUUGCAGCACAUCCUAUUCAGUGCCAUCGUACCAAUGUACCGAGCAAGAAACUGAAUGUUGUUCAUCUGAGCCUUCAUGUUCUGCUCAGGCUAACAUGCGGUCUUUCCAUUCUAGGCAUACUCGUGAUGAUAACAUAGACAUGAACAUAGAGGACAUGAUGGUUAUGGAAGCGAUUUGGCGUUCAAUUCAGGAGCAAGGAAGUAUAGGAAAUCCUGCUUGUGGGAGCUUUAUGCCUUUUGAGCAACCAACGCGUGAGAGGCAGGCAUUCGUUGCAGCUCCUCCUCUAGAAAUACCCCAUCCUGGUGGAUUUUCUUGUGCUGUUGCUGCUAUGGCUGAGCACCAGCCAGCAAGCAUGGAUUUCUCUUACAUGACUGGUAGUAGUGUGUUCCCAGUCUUUGACAUGUUCCGCCGACCGUGCAACAUUGCUGGUGGAAGCAUGGGUGCUGUGGAGAGUUCACCAGAUAGCUGGAGCGGGAUAGCGCCAAGUUGCAGCAGAAGGGAAGUGGUAAGAGAGGAAGGAGAGUGCUCAACCGACCACUGGUCAGAGGGUGCAGAGGCCGGGACAAGCUAUGCCGGCUCGGACAUCGUGGUGGAUGCGGGGACAAUGCCACCGUUGCCUUUUGCUGACAAUUACAGUAUGGUUGCAAGCCAUUUCCGUCCUGAGAGCAUCGAAGAACAAAUGAUGUAUUCCAUGGCUGUUUCUUUAGCAGAAGCUCAUGGUAGAACGCACACGCAAGGGUUGGCAUGGUUGUAACGCGAUGAUUGUGACGUUUCCUGCCUUCUCUCCCGCACUAUCGUUGUUCUGCUCCCCUUCUGCUCUUUUUUGCCACCCCGUGUUCGGCCGUUUUGUUUCUCCUUUUUGCAUGUGUUGCAUCAUGGUUUGAUAUAGUUCCCGCUAUAGCUCUCCAUUAUUGCUUAUAUGUUGUAAAAUGGAACAUGAGGAAGAAAUAGAAAAGAGAAUGGGUCAGUGUUCUUAAUGCCAAAA